AUGCUCGGCGCGUUUUUACUUUUGGUUCUCACUUUUGCGGCUUGGUUUGCGGCUAGCAUAAUUUUCGGAGUGGCAAACUUGGAAAUUCGAGAGUACGUUGGCGAAGACUUUUUUGAAGUCUUUGGCAAAAACUCAAAUGAAGUCAAUAUGGUAGCAGCAAUGUAUUCCGAAGGCUCUACAGAAACCACCCACCGCUCAUGGAAAGCGGUUGGAUGUUGGUCCUUGAUAUCCGGGGCCCCUGUCGUUGCGUUUUUUGUUUUUGGACGCUUGAUAAUUAAAAAACUCAAAGAAUCGUCUUCCACGAUGAGUAGUCGUACAUCGAAAAUUCAUUUUGAACUUCUUCGAGCUCUAAUCGUUCAAACGAUCAUUCCUAUUUUUAUCAGUUUCUCACCAUCCAUUGUUUGCUGGUUUCUGCCAAUGAUUGGGAUCCAGAUGUCACGAACCGUCAACUAUUUCGAAGUCUCUGUAUUCGGGUUGUUUGCGUUUGUGGACCCAGUGGCAAUCGCAUUAUGUAUUCCAGCUUUUCGAAAAAGAUUGUUUUGUAAAGGGUCCCAUGUUGAGCCACCCAUUGCCUCGUAUUCUGCGCAAUGA